UAAAGGAAAACCCUCUUUAGAAUGCCUACAGUAGUGAAUUCUUCCUUGACAUAUGAAAUUCUUAUGUACUUGAAUUCCUUUUACUUUGGUAUGUUUGCUGUGUGCGAGUUGGGCAUGGGACUCUUCAAGGCUGCUAAUUUGCCAUCUCCGGGCACGAGUACUACACUAACUGAGUUUGCACUGUUAUUCUUCCUUAUAGCUACGGAGGGUGCCAGGAUCUAUUUGGGAAGGAAAGGAAAUUUAACUGAACGAGGCCUACCAAUACUCAUUGGAAUUUUUUUAACGUUUCCUAGCUCGUUGGCAACUUUGUAUUUCUUAUUUUGGCAGAAUUAUGUGCUUAAAUUAGAAGUUAUCCUUUGUAGUAUACAAUUAGUCAUUUUAGCAGUGGAGCUUAUUAUAUCGGUCAUGUACCUCAUAGCUAUUUAUCGUCCUCCAUCUCCUAAAGAAUGAUCUGUGCGUUAUUGGUUUUGUUUCUGAGACAUUAGCAUGUUGCACGUUGAUACGCUAUUACAUUAUAUAUAUUUUACACUUACUUACAUAUCUUGCGUAUUAUCAAACACUCAGAUAUUUUAAAAGACUAUUGUAUUCCUUAUGAUCGAACAAGAUUCUGUGUCUUAACUAAACAAUUAGAGCAUCUUUACCAUGGUUUCACACGUAGAUAUAAUUAGAUCCUUUUCAAAAAUUUCUAUACGUAAAUAAUAUCAUUCAUUCUUAUUAUUAAAUCUUUCAUAGUUAAGACAAUUAAUGAUGCGAAUGUUCAUGUAUUUUCAUAUGUUAGAUUAUGAAAAGAAAAAAAAAA